AUUAAGGGUUACGGACUGGAUUCCAAGGGAAAGGAAGCGUAGCAAGGGGCGGCAGAAAGUUAGAUGGGCGGAUGAGAUUAAGAAGUUUGCAGGGACAACAUGGCCACAAUUAGUAUAUAUAACGCAUAUAACUUAAUAACGCAUAUAAAAAGCUGUAAUGUUUAUAGACAUCAAGGAGCUGUAUCAUAGAGAAGGGAUCACGUAAAACUGCGACCGUAGUCAGCCGUAGUAGCGCACAGCACCUGUGCAUUGAUGGCUGCCAUGUCAAGGCGAGGCGUGCGUGAUUUUUAGUGAACGAUGAGUUUUUAAGGAAGUCGAUGUGUUGGCGCCUCGGCAAUUUUAUUCGUGCAGUAGUAUAUUUGUAUAGUUUGAUCUGUGGGCGAUGUGCGACUUGAAAACAACGGAAAGCAACUGUUUUUACCUCUGUGCUUCGCGGCUCUGUGGAUCCAUCAGCGUGCAUCAAUGUGAUGUUUUCUCCGGUGCCGAUCCUACCACUUGGAGGUCAAUCUGAGUGUGUUUCAAGGGAGACAUCCAUAAAGCUGCUUCAAAAUGGACAAGGCUACGCUUUCGCUGACCAUUCUGUGUGCCGCCUGGCUUGCUACUGGUGUAGUAAACACGGCUAGACACGCCGCCGAAGAAGAGUUAGAUGGGUGGAGCUUUUUACAAACAGGAGUGACUCUACAUGUCAUCGCGAGGAAUUACGAUCCGUUGGGAAAUAAUAUAUCGGACUGCCUAACAACCACGACCGUCCACAAGAACAACAAGACCCACAGAGCGAAACAAAUUGUGAAGUUCUGGAAUCACGCGGCCAGCAAAUGGAUGUCCAUUAAACAGGGUUUAGCAGCAUUUAGUAACGAGGAAGGAAUGUACAACCUCGUGAGAACAACUGAAGGCUCAGCUGGUCCGAAAAUGUGGUACAAUUUUUUGCACACGAGGAAAUCCUGCUGCGUGAUGGAGGUCGGCUACUUGGGAAGUAAGCGGACAGUGUUAAAGGUAAAGGAAACUUCACCACAGGAAGACACAAAUGGACUGCACUGUGUCCUGUGGGUGAAGGAAGACGCACUGGCUGAUCGGCAUGCAUCGUGCGAGCAGUACUUCUUGCGCAACUGUGUCACCGAACAUGUGUACACAGUUUACAACAGGACAGAAUGCAUGACACCGCAAGCAGAACUUCAAAGAGACAUCGGCCUGGACACAGUGGGAUAAAAAAAUCAAGAGCGAAAUUAUUGAUGUGGC